AAAAGACCAAAAUAUACAGAGAAAGUCGGUCUAUAAUUGGCCCGGCCUGUCAGAGUUUUUUUUGUCUGUGAACUGAACAGCCAGCUACUGCAGCACAAGCCACCUUGUCCCUAUAGUGAAAUCCUACACUUUCCCCUUCAGCCGGUUCUUUCCUCCCUCCCACUCUAUCCACCCAUCCAAGAGUUUGUACCAGAAGCUCACCUCACUUUGACAUUUUAUCAGCACUACACUGGAUUGACGUUGCGGUGGAUUUUAGGAUUACCUGAUCCUAAUUUCUUUGCACUUGUGAAGGAGGUAUAGUGCGGUGCAAUCAUCGGAUGGGGAUGCUGCUUUAAUACUGAUCCAAAGUGACAAGUGCAUAAGACCUGGAGGAUAGGAGGCACAGGAACAGACCUCCAGUCAAUCAGUGCUCCGCAAUCCCGGUUGGAGACUUUGGAUGGUGAUCACAACGUGAGAGAAAAAGAGAUUCACACCAGUGGCUGAGAUGGCACAGAGACUGGGAUACUGGGUUUGCCUGGUCCUGGUCAUACUGGCCUUGACACUCUCAGGACAACAGGUCAAUGCACAGAGCAGGGCAGGCUGUAAGAACGUGCACUAUGACCUCGUGUUCAUCCUGGACACAUCGUCCAGCGUGGGGAAGGAGAACUUUGAGAAGAUCCGCCAGUGGGUCUCCAACCUGGUGGAGUCUUUUGACGUCGGCCCAGACAAGACCCGCGUGGCCGUGGUGCGCUACAGCGACCGGCCCACCACCGAGUUCAACCUGGGACGUUACCGCACCAUGGAUGAGGUGAAGAGGGCCGCAAGGAACAUACGUUACCUGGGAGGAAAUACCAUGACCGGGGAGGCCAUCAGCUACACCACCACUAACAUCUUCACAGAGCGGAAUGGGGCCAGGCCGGCAGCCCAGGGAAUCCAGAAGGUGGCUAUACUCAUGACGGACGGGAUGAGCCAGGAUUACGUAUUGGAGCCCUCCAAGUUGGCAGCAAAGGCUGGAGUGAGGAUGUUUGCAGUUGGCAUCGGAGAGGCUCUGAAAGUGGAGCUGGAGGAGAUCGCAGCCGAGCCCAAGAACGCUCAUGUGUUCCAUGUGACCGACUUUAACGCCAUUGACAAGAUCAGAGGACGGCUGAGAAGGAGACUCUGUGAGAAUGUGCUGUGUCCCAAUAUGAAGGUCCAACCUGACCGCUUCAAGCAAAACAGCACCAGCUAUGGUCUAGAGGAAGUUCCAGGGUUUGACCUGAUGGAAUAUUUCAAAGUGGAAGAUAUACUAGGGUCAAAGACUGAUGAGGGCCAGAGUGCUUAUGUUCGGCUUGGAACCAUGCCCAUUGUACAGCAGACCGAGGACGUGUUUCCACAAGGUCUUCCAGAUGAAUAUGCCUUUGUGACGACUUUCAAAUUUAGGAAGACCUCCAGAAGGGAAGACUGGUACCUCUGGCAGAUCUUUGACAAAUAUGGAAUUCCACAGGUGUCCAUCCGUCUGGACGGUGAGAAUAAGGCAGUGGAGUACAAUGCCGUGGGGCUGACCAAAGACGCGGUGAGAGCCGUGUUCAAGAACGAUGACGUGGACAACCUGUUCGACCGCAACUGGCACAAGAUCGCUCUGAGCGUGGAGGCAAAGGCGGUGUCUUUGUACCUGGACUGCAAACUCAUCGAGACCCUGCCCAUCGGGGACCGGGAGGACAUCGACAUUCAGGGGAAGACUGUGAUCGGGAAGAGGCUGUAUGACAGUGUGCCUAUCGAUUUUGACCUCCAGAGGAUGGUGAUCUACUGUGACUCGAAACACGCUGAGCUGGAGACCUGCUGCGAUCUGCCCACUGGACCAUGCCCCAAGAAGGUGGUGACGGAGGCCCCUCCUGUGGAGAUCCCCACCCCCACCCCCGCAGGAAGCGAGCAGAAGAUCGGCCCCGAGGCGGUGAACUGCUCCUGUCCGGCUGGAGAAAGGGGAGAGACUGGUUUACCUGGUGUUGCUGGUCCUGAGGGUGAAAAGGGUGAAACCGGUGCUAAAGGAGCGAUUGGACCUACUGGCCUCAAGGGGGCCAAAGGAGAAACUGGCAAAGUAAUAUCUGUCAAGGGAGACAGAGGUGAGAAGGGUGAUUUAGGUGAACAGGGUGCACCCGGAGAAAAGGGAUCCAAAGGCGACAAGGGAACCAGCGGAGCCGCAGGUCUUGCUGGGAGUGAUGGCUCUAAAGGAGAAAAAGGUGAAUUAGGGCUGCCAGGCAGUCAGGGAUUUCCUGGACCACUGGGACCAAAGGGAAUUCAAGGAGACUCUGGAUUUCCUGGUUCACCUGGACCCAAAGGUGUCAGUGGGGAGAAAGGUUUGAAAGGAGAUAAAGGAUCAGCAGGAUUAAGGGGCGAAACGGGCAUUGCUGGAUUCCCUGGAAAACCUGGUGUUCCUGGAAAAGAUGGUUUGACAGGAACGAUGGGGGCACCUGGUCCAGGAGGAGUGAAAGGGGAUAAGGGAGAGAUGGGUCCUGCUGGAAUGCCUGGGGAUGUGGUUCAAAAAGAAGGCUUGAAAGGAGAGGCUGGACCUCCAGGAGCUCCUGGCCCUCAAGGGCCCGUAGGCCCCCCAGGACCUCCUGGUGGUCCUGGUCAAAUUGGUUUACCUGGCGAACCUGGAGAGUUUGGCCAACGGGGCAAAAAAGGUGAAAGUGGAUUACCUGGUGUUGAUGGGUUGCCAGGACCACCAGGUCCUCAAGGCCCUCCUGGAUUACAAGGAUCCCAGGGACAUACCGGACCCCCCGGGCUACCUGGUGAGAUUGGAUUUUCUGGAAAACCUGGAGAACCAGGCAAACCUGGUUUACCUGGAAAUGAUGGGCUGGACGGAGUUCCAGGAAAUGAUGGAACCAAGGGGCCAAGAGGAGAACCUGGAGUGGAUGGCUUCCCUGGUAAACCAGGUCCUAAGGGUGAUGAAGGCCCACCUGGGCCAAGAGGACCUCCAGGAGAGAGGGGACAAGAGGGUUUAACCGGACCACCAGGUGCUGUUGGACCAAUGGGAGAGAAAGGAGGACAGGGUGACCGGGGAAAGGAUGGGUCUCUCGGGCCAAAGGGAGACAAGGGUGACAGGGGUGACAUGGGACCCAAAGGAUCUCCAGGAAUACCAGGAAAUGUGGCCAAUAUCAUUCCUGAGCCCGGUGAGCCUGGAGUUCCAGGAGAGAAAGGAGAAAGGGGAGAGCAGGGAAAAUCAGGAGAAGUUGGUCAACGAGGACUUCCUGGGGAACAAGGCUUAAGGGGACCACCUGGACCGCAAGGCCCAAAGGGAGACACUGGCCCUACAGGAGAGAUGGGCAGACAGGGAGACCCGGGUCCUCCGGGACUGCAGGGUACCCAGGGUGCCCGUGGACUGCCUGGCACCGUGGGCCUCCCUGGUACUAUUGGACCACCUGGAGUACCUGGACAAACAGGCGAGCGGGGUGAAGUAGGGAAGGAUGGUCGUCCAGGCCCCCCGGGUCCCCCCGGAGAAGCAGGCAUUCAAGGUCUACCUGGCCUACCAGGAAAGGGCAGGGAUGGCCAGAAGGGUGACACCGGACAGCAAGGAAUACAAGGACCGCCUGGGCAGAAGGGCCAAACCGGACCUCCGGGACUUCAGGGGCUUCCAGGGGACAGGGGGUCUCCAGGAGAGGGCACAGUUGGACCCCCGGGACCCCCAGGACCUACUGGUGCAGUCGGUCCGCCGGGCACGAGAGGUCUGCAAGGCGUUGCUGGUUCUCCCGGGCCGGCGGGACAUAACGGCAUACCAGGACGACCAGGGGAUAAAGGGUCCCCAGGAGAGCCAGGAGCACCAGCAGACUUGUCUGAUUUGAAUCUGAAGGACGUGUGUUCGGAAUGCCCAGCUGGACCCCCCGGACAGACCGGUCUGCCAGGGACACCAGGAGAGAAGGGGCCAACAGGACCUCCAGGGAAAAAUGGACAGGAUGGGUACCAAGGCCCGGCAGGCCAGCCUGGGCCUCCUGGACCCGCGGGACCCAGUGGAGAAAAGGGUGUAAAAGGCGAUAGAGGACCCCAAGGGGGACCUGGAGAAAAAGGUGAAAACGGGCACCCUGGACCGCCUGGCCGUCCCGGAACUGCUGGCGUCAUGGGUAAUCCUGGUAAUGACGGUCAACCCGGCUCCAUUGGGCCCCCAGGAUCCCCUGGGGAAAAGGGCAAGGAGGGGUUGAAGGGAAUUCAGGGACCACCAGGUCUACCAGGCUUAAUGGGUCAAAUGGGUAAAAUGGGCAAGGAUGGCCGCCAAGGAGAACAAGGAGAACCUGGUAAACAAGGGGAGCCAGGACCACCCGGGCCCCCAGGUCUCAGAGGAAUGCCUGGCUUUAAAGGUCACCGAGGAGAGCCAGGACCACCAGGGUCAAAGGGUGAGGAAGGAUCGGAAGGACGUGUGGGGCCGGAGGGGAAACCCGGCCAGGAUGGAAAUAUUGGACCUCCUGGACCGGAAGGCCUCGCUGGCCAGAGAGGGGAGAAUGGUAAACCUGGUGAACCAGGACCUUCAGGGAAGUCAGGAGCCCCUGGUGCUCCAGGUCAGCCUGGAGCCAAAGGAGAACCUGGGAGCCCAGGACUGCCAGGUUUUAGUGGGCCCAAGGGACCAGCGGGGCCUGCUGGUCCUGUCGGCCCUGAAGGGAAACAGGGCAUGUCAGGCAGAGCAGGAGAACGAGGUGUCAAGGGCGAGAGGGGCAUCGCAGGCGGGAAAGGAGAUAAGGGUUCUGUGGGAGAUCCGGGUAUGCCCGGUAACCCAGGCCCCCCAGGCCGUAAAGGCCACACAGGAAUGAUGGGCAUGUCUGGGCCCCCAGGAGAAAUGGGACCCAGCGGACCUCAGGGAUCCCCUGGAAAUCCUGGACAACCAGGACCACGGGGAGAGUCAACAUCACUAGAAACUAUGCGAAGGCUCAUCCAGGAGGAACUAGCCAGAGCUUUAGAUGCCAAAAUGGCGUACAUCAUGGCACAGAUCCAGCCAGCCCAUGUGAAGAGCACUGUAGGUCGGCCGGGACCUCCAGGGCCCUCUGGUAAAGAUGGAAAUGAUGGUCGCCCUGGACCCCCGGGAGAGCCUGGCAUGCCUGGGCAGAGCGGAGGCGACGGCAUGAGGGGACCAAUGGGUCCUAAAGGUGAGAAAGGGUCCCGAGGAGAGAAGGGGGAAAAUGGAGUUGGCCUGAGAGGAGAGACUGGACCCGCUGGACCUAUAGGUCCAGCAGGCAUGCCUGGCUAUGGUAAGGACGGGCAGCCCGGGGCAGCUGGAGCUCAGGGAGAGCCGGGGAACCCGGGCCCCCAUGGCCAAAUGGGCCCCCCCGGACCCCCAGGACAGUGUGACCCCACCCAGUGCGCAUACUAUGCCAGCUUAGGAUCACGCCCCCACACUAAGAACACCAAAGGGACUUAAAGAGACAGAAACAGACAAAAGCCACAUCCAGAAUGGCACCCUAUUACUUACAUAGUGCACUGCUCUUGACCAAGGCCCAUAUAGCAGUCCUAAGGUCUUAUAUGGGCCCUGGUUAAAGGUAGUGUACUAUCUAAAGAAGGUGGUGCCAUUUGGGAUGCAGCCAAAGAGCUGAAAGUACAGCUAUUUAUGAACUGGGAUGUAUUGGGACGAACCAAUCACUUUUCUUUAAAGGGGGAAACUCCUCAGUUUGGAAGGAGAACAAGAGAUGCGUGCUGCCUGCUUGCCGGUCAGAAUGUUGUUUUUGUUGGGGGGGUUUGGGGGGGGGGGGUGACUGAUAUUUAAUAAUGUCAAGAAUGUGGUAACUUAUCCAACUAAGAUGGCCUGUCGCUGUUCUCGGCUUGAAGGAUCAUAUAGAAGACCGGCAAGUACCGUUAUGCUUACAGUGAGGCUGUAAUGUGGCAGCAUAUUUGUACCCAUUUGUGGUAUGUAGAGCAACAGUUUCAGCACCAUUCAACUGACUGUACAGUGUCUUAUUAAAGUGUCUCCAGUUCUCAACAUGGAAUGGGUUGAGCAUUAGAUUUAACUUUCAACAUACUAGUCACAAAUGUUCAGGCAGAAUACUCAUCUCACAGAGAACUCCGCAAUAGUUGCUGUGCCAGAACUCUUGUUAGGAUGUUGACUAUAUGGUUUAGCGUUGUCUCAGAGCUCCAAACAAGACACAGCAUCAGUACCUAAGCCAUUUGGCACAGCAACUAUUGCCGGUGUGUGCAGUGUUAGGUACUAAAGGUACUAAACCUCAUAUUUUGGGCGUUUUCUCCAUUGGGCAAAACUCUGUCCUCUUCACCGUGAGCGAUACCUAACUGGUUGAGCGGUUGAUGAGAUGCCUAUUUGUUAGCAGGCAAACUGAAGUGUUCUACCGUCCUCGAUAGCCAUCUUUCAUUGAGUCCACUCGUGUAUCCUACUGCGGAAUACUGCCACGUCCUCUUUAAAUUAGCUUUUGGGUUGUUGGGGGAGAAAAACAAGCAUACAUUUAACAUCAUUUGUCAAAUUCCCGACGGGCGGCGUUAUUUCAAAUACAUAUACUAAAAAUGACUUUUGUUCACGCACACUUCCCUGCCUCUCCUUAAAGGAGGUGAGAAGGUGAGCAUCCUGUCCAAUUGACUAAGUAAAUCCAAUUAAUAACAGGCCUCCAGCAUUAGUCAAAUGUUGCCAGUUUGACUUGCAGCUCUUUUGAGGCCAUCUCCUUGUUAUAGUAGUCAGUGUUGUUAUAAUUCUUUGGAUUUGUGAUCAGGUGACCAACCGAGAUAUCAGGAGAGAUGUCAGAAUUCCAACCCUGUAGACUACUUUAAACAUUGCCUUUAAAAAGGACCUUUAAGGGUGCUGUCCAUGUUCAAGUCUUCUAUCCAUCUCUAUGGUGUCUUUCUGGCCAACCUGCCACUUCUUCCUGUUUAUUAUCCAGUCUCUUUCUGGCACAAGCAGGCUGGAUACACAGUGACUCAAAUAGACAUUGGUCACAUCCAUCAUUACUGUACUACAUUGAAGUGUUCUCCUACUUUGCUGGGUUUAUACUGAUCAGUCAGGUUAGUGAGUGUCAUGUUUCCUCACUCUACUUAUUUCCAUGGAUGGCCCAAACACAACCUCUCUGAAACUCACAAGACGAGUCGAGAGUCAGUGAAAACAAAAAACCAACAGACUUUAUUCCGGAUUAGAAAACAAUUCAAGGAAAUACAAGAUGUUAACAUAUAGAGGUUACACAAUGUCACCAAAUAGGUAUUCUGUGCAGUGCUGUGAGGAAAUACACACCCUGAUAAGCUUCCUCUUUAGAAUUUUGACGUAGUGAUAUCUGAUCUCCCUUUUAACAUUAUUGACAUUAUUUAUCAUUUGACGAAUAACACUGAAAAAUCUGAUUUAUAAAUGGUUUCAUAAAAGCAUACAGAAAUCUGUAGCAGAAAUAGCUUCAGGUAGGAUUUUAUUAACUGCCACAGUCUCUUUCAUUGCAUGAAUGGACCUUUUGCCCACUCGUCCUUUCCGGAACUGCCUUGAACUGUGACGUUUUUUGCAGUUUCUUGCAUGUUCGGCCCCGCUCACCACAAUGACCACUCCAAGGUUGUCUGGUGUUCUUUUGUUCAAAGGCAGUGUUUUGUGUUUGCCAAUCGCCAAACACUGACAUCUGGCAUUGCAGCUGAACAACUCCACCUUUGCCUCUGAGAACUUUUUAUGUUUGACCAUGAUGUGUUGACCUGUGGUUAAGACAAAACCACCUUUUUGAUGUUUCUGUUAAGAUCGACCCUCUGUUACUCUGAAAGGAUUUUCUGUUUUGGAGCACAUCCUUUCUAAUUUCAGCUAUAUUAUAGGAUAAUCUGUGUAGAUGUGUACACAUUUUUGGGGAAGGCUUUAUUUUUUGAAAUUAGAUUACCUUUAUGGUUGAGUAGUGUUGAAAUGAUCAGAUGCAUCCACAUUUGUCAAACAAUAUACCUUUUCAGGGUGUGGGUUAACAUCCUCAGAGCACUCUAUUGCACUCUAGUCUAUGUUGCGCUGAGCCUGUAUACAUUAUCGGUUUCUGGAACAGCUUAAGAACAACCCACAGUCUUUUAGAAGCCAGUCCAACAGCCCCACUAAAAAUACUAUUUGGCCAUAUGAACUUCAGGCAACUUCACUGAAAUACAUCCAAACUGUCAUGCUAAACAUACAGUCGCCUCACUGACCUUUGUACUGAACCCAAUUAAAUCCUUGAUCUGUAGCAAACACAGGCACACACAUAUAGAUGUGUGAACUUGUUGUUAUCGGGAUUUUCUUGAUACAGAAAUGACUAAUUCUUAGGUACAGUUGAAGCCGGAAUGCCAAAUAGUACCUAGACAUGGUAAAUGGGAAUAGUUUUUUGAAUUUUGUCAAUUUAAUAUACUAGUUACCCAUUCAUAUGAGUAUUAGAAUGUCUGAUGUUUCGUUCCAGCUGCCAAUAGUAAAUAAUUCAUACAGUGCUAGUUUUCUAAUUGUUUGUUUGGCUUGUUUCCUCAUUUCAUAUACAUUUGUGAUUAUUCAAAACUGUGUGUAACUGAUUUAGGGUUCUUGUUAAAUUAUACUGUUAAAUUAUUCACAGUUUGAAUUACCAAUAACCUACCAUAUGUGCAAUGAUAAAAAAUGUUUUACAAUGGUAAUCCUUACCUGUUUUUCUUAUAAGAUUGGUGCUAAAAAAUCCUAAAUUAGUGGUUGGUAUAUAUGUACAUAUUGGAAAGCUAUAUUACGUAUAUACUGAGUCAUGUAAUAAAAAUAAAAA